AUGCACAUCUCUGCGGACGUCUUUCAUGAGCGUGAGCAUAUCACGUUGGAAUGGGAUGAUGCACUUCGCGCUUUGUCCACCGAGGGUGGUUCGUUUCGCAUUGCGUCUAGUUGCCACAAGCUUUGCGCGCUGAUCCAGCCAAGUCGAGAGAGUACUUCGAGGCACGGCGUUCAGCGCGCAAAACUUGCGACAACUGAUGCCAUGUUUGUCGAAGAGUCGAAGAAGCUCGCUACUGUUUUAGGCAAUUCUGGGUCGAAAGCUCGGCGAUCCGCUGAAGUAAUUGAAGCGACGAUUAAGGUCGUGUCCCAAGAAGAUCGCCAAACACUGCGCUCCCUCGCCGCACACAAUGGCAUACCCAAGACGACCAUCAUGCGCCACAUGCCAGCAACCAAGAAGCUCAUGGCGCGAUCAAGUCAUCUCAAACCAUUCUUGACGGUCGCCAACAAGACCGAGCGCCUGCGCUUUGCGAUGAAUUUUCUCUUGCCUGGGUCAAAAGGGAGACACUUCUUUGACGCGAUGUACAAUCAGGUAUAUAUCGAUGAGAAGUGGUUCUUUUUGACUCAGGUUAAGAGAACAUUCUACGUAUACGAAGAUGAUGAACUGGCCCAUCGCGCCGCCAAAUCCAAACGAUUUAUCACAAAAGUGAUGUUUUUGGCCGCCGUUGCACGUCCCCGGUACGAUCCCCGCCUACGACAAGAAUUCGAUGGCAAGCUGGGCAUUUGGCCGUUUGUCCAACGCGUGCCAGCAGCUAGAAAUACCUGCAGUACCAGAAGAGAACUUGUGCAAUCGAGGAACUCAUUGGUGCUGUUGACUGUGCAUUUUUUGAGAUGCUGUCAAAACUCUGGCGAAGAAUUUGUCACGCUACAAAAGGUUAUGGAAACAUCCAUGGAGGUGCUCGGGGGCAAUAACUAUAAGCUUCCGCACCUCAAAAAGGAUUGUACGAUUCAAGACCUGUCGACUUUCAAAGUUCAUUAUGCUGCGUCAACGUACAAUAGCGUUCAUGCUCAAUUGAAUUCGCAAGUCGAAAAACCCAUGGACUCCUUUUCUAUCGUGACACGCCUCCAACAACAAGUCGCCGACGACGUUCACGCAUUGGACGAGAUGGGCCAAGUCUGCCACGCCGCUCCCUCCCAACAUGUCGAGGAGGCCGAUGACUCCCCCACGCCCGUCAUCGACAGCUUCUUCAGUCAAGGCGGAAAUGCAUCACUGUCGACCAUGACAACUCAGUCCGAGUUUAAAUCCAUUUGGGCCAUUGUUGAGUCAGCCAUGCACCGAUGUGAAGUUCUAACCAUCGUACCGUCCGACGGGCCGAUUCGACGAAGUCAAGCACUACUUUCAGUUAAACACAAGCUGUAUGGCCUCAAGCUCGAGUACUCCGUAGCAUACCCAGGUGUGCCUGUUGAUAUGUCCGAACACAGUCCUGGAUCUGUGGCGGAUGUGACAAUGUUCAUGCAUCGCCGGCAUGUUCAUCAAGACAUGCUUAGCAAGACAGCGUCUCAGAUGGAAGAGGGUGAUCAUGACGAAUGUGCCGAGGAAUAUCCAGACUCGUGGAGCAUACUGGUGCACAUGGGCUACCAAAGGAUCCAAUACCAAGUGCGGUCCAUGCAAGCGAAAACCUCAAGGAGGCCUCUCACUGCACGAGAGCUUGAACCAAAUUCUCGAGUGUCAUCGGAUCGAGUCAUGGUGGAGAACUACUUUGGACGCAUAUGCAGCCUUUGGAAGAUCAUGCGUGAAACGUACAAGUGGAACAAACCUCGUUUUGACCGAAUUUCAAGGUUGUGCGUUAACUAA